AUGAGCCUUCCAACUGCAGAACAAGUCAUAAACCUUCCUGAUAUCGAAAAACAAUGGGUAGUAAAGGCUACUCAUCAUGCUGAGACAUAUUUUAAUAUUAUAAAUUCUAUUGAUGCCAAGACUUUUAACUUGACAAAAAUUGAUGACGAAAUAUAUGACGACUUCAUGAAAACGUUUCCCGAAGUAAAUUUAAGUGACGUGGAUGAGGAUCAAUUAAAGUCGCCGGAGGGCAAAGUGAAAUGGCGGGAGUGGAUAAUGAAGUAUGAAAACCGAGUAAAUGACUAUAAUUUCGGUACUCUACUACGCAAGAAUGUCAAAGGAGAUUACACCGAAGACAAUACUAUAUUUGUUACCAGGAUGCAAUUUCUGGCAAUCGAGAUAGCAAGGAACAAGCAAGGGUUAAAUUCGCAUUUUUUCCAAAACAAGGUCACUCAGAGUGAAAACGAAUAG